AUGUCGCGCGACGGACUAGCCAUCGCGGAAAAGUCCUUUCUGACGCUACUGGGAGUCGACGGAUCGGAGGAAUCUCAUGUUCUCGAAGUGUCGUUCUAUUCUGUGGGUGUCGGGUACAAUUCUGCGGUACACCAGAUUAAAAGCAGCAUGAUCAGUGGAUUUGUGAUUAUUCUUCGUUACUAGGAAUCAAAAAAAGGAUGCUGCGCGCAUACUUUCCCAACAACCUCAAAUUCCAUCGGUAAUCAGCCGCAGGACAGUCGUUAUCAGACGGCGAUUAGAUCGCCAACAGAGACCUGCAACGUGAGAAAGUGCAAAUACGCGAAAUCGCAGGCACACCACGAAUUCUGCAGCACUCAGAGACUCCUCGACAAGAUUCAGUACCUGAAGAAGAACAUCCAGGACUUGGAAACCUCUCAGCGACAGUUCAGAGAAAGAGGAACAGAGAAGAAAGAUGUGCCCAGUCAAACGAUAGAUUGCAGGCUACCGGAUUUAAGCAACGUUCGAGGGAUCGUGAACAAUUGCAUCACCGAGAUGACGAAGUUGAAGGAAUUUCUAGACGACGAGAAUUGUUGGUGGAAGAUGUUCAAGAAGAGAGAGUUCAACUGUUGCGAACAGAAACUGCCACAUCUGCAUGGGUUUCUCGAUGGAACUAUGGUCACCUUGAAGAUGCUCGAGGAAACUCUCGAACCUGGUCGCAAUCCUGCAACUUCCACGCCAACAAAGUCUAACUCUCUGACAUAUUUCGGAUCUAAUAAGCCAAGUGAUCAGAAAAAGAAAUACGGGGAACAAUACACCGAUAACAUCGAGAAUUAUCCUAAAAGAUUCGUGGAUUCUGCUAUCAGUCCUGGCCAGAGCAUCGAAUUUGCGAAGAAAACAAUGGAUGAAUCCUGCCAAGAUCGAUGUCCAAUGUCCUGCGCGAUUGGGAAACACAGCACUCCAAUUCCUGGAACCUCGAAACCUCCAGAUUUAGAAAAAUCAGUAAAGAUAUCAGAAAUACCAUCUAUAUCUGAAGCCUUGAAUCUCGACAGUUUCGCAACAAUAUCUAAACACGAGUGGAUGAGUAGAAGUUCUGUAGAUCUUAGACAAGGAACGAGGCCAUCGUACACAUUCAGCGGUGAAAAUAUGGCGAGGAAGCACAUUAUCGCAGCCGAUAUUGGCACUUCGAUGGAUUUGCAACCGAGUGUUCAAUACAAGAAUCUGGUAGCUUCGCCUAAGAGUUUCAAAAGCACAGCUGAGAAGAGCUCGUUAAAUCCGGUGAAAUCGUUCCUAAGAUUUCCGAGAUCGAAGGCCAAGAAAGAGGGGGAGUGA